AUGAAUCGCGCAAUUAUUGCUGUAUUUUUGGUGUUCAUUGUGUGUUCCAUCUUAACCGUGAGUAAAUGAGUCUCAGGCAACUGCCGACAUUUUGAGAUGCUACAAACUAGUUUCCCCGCGUAACGACAUCUGAGAAACGAGCGCAGAAGAAAAUCCCGUGCUGAUGACGUGUCACUACCCAGAUCUGGAUAGUGAAACAUCAUCAGCAUUGAAUUUCUGCGCUCGUUCCUCAGACGUCAUUUCCCGGGGAAACCAGAAGUGUCAUCGCGAAAUGUGGGUUGUUUUCUCCAGCUUGAUUUUAUGACAACAUUAAACGAAAAACCGUUCUUAAUUAGUCUUUCGUCACAUUUCCUUACACCUUUUCAUGAAUACGAUGUGUAUUGUUCAAAUUACAGUAUGAAAAGUUAUAUAUUUUGUUUUUUAGGGUCAGGUCUGGUCAGCUUCUUAUGUUAAGCGAGACCACCGUAAGUAGUUUACUAUUUUAGUGUGAAAUAAAUACGUUUGCAAGAAACCAUUCGGUAUGUACCUUAAACAAUCAACAUGUUUUUUCCAUCUUUAGGCAUUGUUCGUUUGUUAUAAGCAUGCGCAAUCUUCUUGCCUGCUCAUAUUAUACUUUCGUCCCCACAGCCACUCACUCUUAACCUACGCUCUGCACCGUGCACGUUACAGUUUAAUCGCUAGCUCCGAAAUUUCGCACGAAUUUGAGAAAGUAUGGGCGAAUCCUUUUGCCUUUGUUUACAUUUUUGCCUUAGUGACAUAUGCUUAUCAUUAUCUGCUGAAAAAAAUCUCUGAAUAUUAAAAAAAGCGAUGUGUAAGGGAAUAGAACAUUUUCACAAUACCCGCCAUCUCUGCAGGCGCUUUAGGACUGAUGGGAUAAAAGCGAUGUCACGUGGUAUUUCAGGGGGCAAACAGGUGAUAAGAUUUGCCAAUACUUGAAUCGCCGUCGAACAAACUGCUCAACUCAAAUUAACUAGCUAUUUACACUUUUGAACAUAAUUUGUGUAUACGGUGACGCAUUCUAUGGGUCUACCAGUAUGUAAUGAGAAAAAAUGUAAACAAUGACGUCAGCAUUAGUUGGCAAGGGAAACUUAAUGUUCCAAACCCAAACCUGACCAGACAGGCAUCUGCGUUGACGCCUGCCGAGGAGAUGACGAUUGUCCAGGUUCCGAAAAAUGCUGCUUUAAUGGAUGCGGGCAUGUUUGCAUGAAACCACUCGAUAUGUCAAUCAACAUGGUUUCCCCAUAUUUAGGCUUUGCUCGUAUGAGUAUGCGCAAGCAAUAACCUUUUCUGUUUCACUACAAAAUUUUGCUAUGCGCCGUGUAGAAUUCCUUGCUUUGAAAUCUAGCUAGAGUUCGAAAAGGAAUAGGUUUUCUUAAGACAGCAUAGCAGAGACUUUGUAUAAAAACACCAUACGCCACUUCCACAUUUCCCAUAAUGUAUCUUUUUUAGAAAUUUUCUCCCCAAAAUUUAGCAUAGCCUUUGGUUUUCAUUUCUCCUGGGUAUAACAGCCGUCCCAAAAGAAAUUGAAAGCAAUUCUUAUGCAAAAUUUUGGGGGCCAAACAAAGUGCAUUAUGGAAAUGUGGAAAUGGCGAAUUAAUUAUGUUACAGGACGAGAAAAACCUGGUUUGUGUCCCAAGCCCAAACCCGGUCAGGUUGGCACCUGUGUUAAGGCCUGCUCUGGGGAUGGCGAUUGUAAAGGUUUCAAAAAAUGCUGCUCUAAUGGCUGUGGACAUGUUUGCACGGAACCACUGGGUAUGUACCUUAACUAUUAACAUCCCUGCUUUGAAAUUAGGCGUUGCACGGUUGUUAUACGCAUACGCAAUCUUCUUGCCUGUUGACUCUUAAUCUUUCUUUAUUAUGUAUUAUGGGCGUUACUACUGUGCAUAACUGGCAGGUUUGUUCUUGUUUAAAGUGACACCAAUCGUAAGAACCUGCAUAAUUAGUAUUUCGUGGAAAAUAAUCGAUAAUGAUAAUGAUAACAAUAAUGAUGAUGAUGAUGAUGAUAAUGAUGAAAACUGUUCCGCUAACACGGAAAUCAGCAUAAAAAUAAUAUUAAAAUUUCCUGCAGUGGAAGGAAAGCCUGAUUUUUGUCCUAAACCCAAAUCUGACCAGAUCGGCAGCAGUGUUGACGCCUUCCAAGGAGAUGACGAUUGUUCAGGUUCCGAAAAAUGCUGCUUUAAUGCAUGCGGGCACGUUUGCAUAAAAACCACUCGAUAUGUAAAUCAACAUGGUUUCCCCAUAUUUAGGCUUUGCUCGUAUGAGUAUGCGCAAGCAAUCCCCUUGUCUGUUCACUAUUAAAUUUUGCUAUACACCGUGUAGAAUUGCUUGCUUUGAAAUCUAGCUAGAGUUCGAGGAGGUAUAGAUGCUGGUUUUGACCGGACAAUGGAAACGAGCUUUACGCGACAGGAGUAGCUCAGAAAAAUAGUGGAUGAACGAUAUUGACAUGCUGGUUACAAUUGGAGUGAGGUCAUAGACAAAUAGAACAACAUAGAACAACAUAGAAUUUAGCCAUACUUUUCUCAUAGUAGCGGAACACUUCAGGAUGAAAUCGAUAUCUUUAGUAUUCAAACUGUGGCCAAGUAUAGUAAAAUUCGCGUCAUUUUCGGAAAAUAUAUAAACUAAAAGAAGUAAAUAAAGGGAAAUUGUUCAAAUUAUGAACAGAUUUCUUGUAUUUUCUCUUUAAGAGAAAUUAGGGAAAAACGGUUCUCCUGAGACAGCAUAGCAGAGACUUUGUAUAAAAACACCAUACGCCACUUCCACAUUUCCUAUAAUGCACCUUAUUUAUAAAUUUUCUCCCCAAAAUUUGGCAUAACCUUUAUUUUUCAUUUCUCCUGGGUAUUACAGCCGUCCCAAGAGAAAAUGAAAACAAUUCUUAUGCAACAUUUUAAGGGGCAAACAAGGUGCAUUAUGGAAAUCUAUAGAAAUGGCGAAUUAAUUAUGUUACAGGACAAGAAAAACCUGGUUUGUGUCCCAAGCCCCGACCCGGUCAGGUUGGCACCUGUGUUCAGGCCUGCUUUGGGGAUGGCAGUUGUAAGGGUGCCGAUAAAUGCUGCUCUAAUGGCUGUGGACGUGUUUGCACGAAACCACUGGGUAUGUACCUUAACUAUCAACAUCCCUGCUUUGAAAUUAGGCGUUCCACGGUUGUUAUACGCAUGCGCAAUCUUCUUGCCUAUUUACUCUUAAUCUUUCUUUAUUAUGCAAAAUGGGCCUUACUACUGUGCAAAACUGGCAGGUUUGUUCUUGUUUAAAGUGACACCUAUCGUAAGAACCUGCAUAAUUAGUAUUUCAUGGAAAAUAAUCGAUAAUGAUAAUGAUAACAAUAACGAUGAUGAUGAUGAUAAUGAUUAAAACCGUACCGCUGACAAGGAAUAGCAGAAAAUCAGCAUAAAAAUAAUAUUUAAAUUUCCUGCAGCGGAAAGAAAACCUGACUUUUGUCCCAAACCCAAACCUGACCAGAUUGGCAUCUGCGUUGACGUCUGCCGAGGAGAUGACGAUGGUUCAGGUUCCGAAAAAUGCUGCUUUAAUGGAUGCGAGCAUGUUUGCAUGAAACCACUCGAUAUGUCAAUCAACAUGAUUUCCCCAUAUUUAGGCUUUGCUUGUAUUAGUAUGCACGAGCAACCCCCUUGUCUGUUCACUACAAAAUUUUGCUAUACACCGUGUAGAAUUGCCUGCUUUUAAAUCUAGCUAGAGUUCAAGGAGAUAUGUUGCUGGUUUUGACCGAACAAUGGAAACGAGCUUCACGCGACAGGAGUAGCUCAGAAAAAAAGGGGAUGAACGAUAUUGACAUGCUGGUUACAAUUGGAGUGAGGUCAUAGAAACAACAUAGAAUUUAGCCAUACUUUUCUUAUAGUACCGGAACACUUCAGGAUAAACUCUCUAGUAUUCAAACUGUGGCCAAGUAUAGUAAAAUUCCUGUCAUUCUUAAAUAUGUAAACCAAAAGCAAUCAAUAGAGCAAUUGUUUAAAUAAUGAACAGAUUUCUUGUAUUUUUUCGUAGAAAAUAGGGAAAAACGGUUCUGCUGAGACAGCAUAGCGGAGAAUUUGAUUAAAACACCAUACGCCACUUCCACAUUUCCCACAAUGCACCUUAUUUGCCCUUCCGCCCCAAAUUUUCGCAUAACCUUUGUUUUUCAUUUCUCCUGGGUAUUACAGCCGUCCCUAGAGAAAAGGAAAACAAUUCUUAUGAAACAUUUUGGUGGGCAAACAUGGUUCAUUGUGCAAAUGUGGAAAUGGCGAAUUAAUUAUGUUACAGCACAAGUAAAACCUGGUUUGUGUCCCAAGCCCCGACCCGGUCAGGUUGGUCUCUGUGUUAAGGCCUGCUCUGGGGAUGGCGAUUGUAAAGGUGCCGAUAAAUGCUGCUCUAAUGGCUGUGGACGUGUUUGCAAGAAACCACUGAGUAUGUACCUUAACUAUUAACAUCCCUGCUCUGAAAUUAGGCGUUGCACGGUUGUUAUACGCAUGCGCAACCUUCUUACCUGUUGACUCUUAAUCUUUCUUUAUUAUGCAUUAUGGGCGUUACUACUGUGCAAAACUGGCAGGUUUGUUCUUGUUUAAAGUGACACCAAUCGUAAGAACCUGCAUAAUUAGUAUUUCAUGGAAAAUAAUCGAGAAUGAUAAUGACGACAAUAAUGAUGAUGAUGAUUUUAAUGAUGAAAACUGUUCCGCUAACACGGAAUAGCAGAAAAUCAGCAUAAAAAUAAUAUUAAAAUUUCCUGCAGCGGAAAGUAAACCUGAGUUUUGUUCCAAAGCCAAACCUGACCAGACUGGCAUCUGCGUUGACGCCUGCCAAGGAGAUGACGAUUGUUCAGGCUCCAAAAAUGCUGCUUUAAUGAAUGCGGGCACGUUUGCAUGAAACCACUCGAUAUGUCAAUCAACACUGUUUUCCCAUAUUUAGGCUUUGCUCGUAUGAGUAUGCACAAGCAAUCCCCUUGUCUGUUCCUACUAAAUUUUGCUAUACACCCUCUAGAAUUGCUUGCUUCGAAAUCUAGGUAGAGGUAGAGAAGGUAUAGUUGCUGGUUUUGACCGGACAACGGAACGAACUUUAAGCUGCAUGCAAACAGACGCAACAACUCCCAACAUUGUUGGCCAACAAUGUUGGGAGUUGUUGCGUCCGUUUGCUCGCAGCUAAAAGUUUGACCGGUUUCAAACUUUGUGCAACAACUCCCAACAACACGCAACAACAUGCAACAGGGUGUGCAAACGGACGCAACAUGUAACAUCCAACAAUGUUGGAAGUUGUUGGCCAACACUGUUGCUUCCGUUUGCAUGGGGCUUUACGCGACAGGAGUAGGUCAGAAAAAUAGUGGAUGAACGACAUUGACAUGCUGGUUACAAUUGGAGUGAGGUCAUACUUUUCUUAUAGUAACGGAACACUUCAGGACAAACUCUCUAGUAUUCAAACUGUGGCCAAGUAUAGUAAAAUUCCUGUCAUGUUUUAAAUAUAUGUAAACUAAAAGCAGUAAAUAGAGGGCAAUUGUUCAAAUAAUGAACAGAUUUCUUGUAUUCUUUCGUAGAAAAUAGGGUAAAACGGUUCUGCUAAGACAGCAUAGCAGAGAAUUUGAUCAAAACACCACAACCCCAAUUCCACAUUUCCCACAAUGCACCUUAUUUGCCCCCCCGCUGCCCCAAAUUUUCGCAUAACCUUUGUUUUUCAUUUCUCCUGGGUAUUACAGCCGUCCCAAGAGAAAAUGAAAACAAUUCUUAUGCAACAUUUUAAGGGGCAAACAAGGUGCAUUAUGGAAAUGUGGAAAUGGCGAAUUAAUUAUGUUACAGCACAAGUAAAACCUGGUUUGUGUCCCAAGCCCCGACCCGGUCAGGUUGGCACCUGUGUUGAGGCCUGCUUUGGUGAUGGCACUUGUAAGGGUGCCGAUAAAUGCUGCUCUAAUGGCUGUGGACGUGUUUGCACGAAACCACUGGGUAUGUACCUUAUUAACUAUCAACAUCCCUGCUCUGAAAUUAGGCGUUACACGGUUGUUAUACGCAUACGCAAUCUUCUUGCCUGUUGACUCUUAAUCUUUCUUUAUUAUGCAUUAUGGGCGUUACUACUGUGCAAAACUGGCAGGUUUGUUCUUGUUUAAAGUGACACCAAUCGUACGAACCUGCAUAAUUAGUAUUUCAUGGAAAAUAAUCGAUAAUGAUAAUAAUAACAAUAAUGAUAAUGAUGAUAAUGAUGAAAACGGUUCCGCUAACACGGAAUAGCAGAAAAUCAGCAUAAAAAUAAUAUUAAAAUUUCCUGCAGCGGAAGGGAAACCUGAGUUUUGUUCCAAACCCAAACCUGACCAGAUUGGCAUCUGCGUUGACGCCUGACAAGGAGAUGACGAUUGUUCAGGUUCCGAAAAAUGCUGCUCUAAUGGGUACGGGCACGUUUGCAUGAAACAACUCGAUAUGCAUGGUUUUCCCAUAUUUAGGCUUUGCUAGUAUGAGUAUGCGGAAGCAAUCCCCUUGUCUGUUCACUGCUAAAUUUUGCUACACACCGUGUAGAAUUGCUUGCUGCGAAAUUUAGCUGGAGUUCGAGGAGGUAUAGUUGCUAGUUUUGACCGAACAAUGGAAACGAGCUUUACGCGACAGGAGUAGCUCUGUCAAUAGAGCGCUUGACUACAGAGCGGGAGGUCGCUGGUUCGAUCCCUUUGGCCCGACCCAUACUCAGAUAUACUGAGAUAUGAAGGUAGUGCCUUUGCCAAAUUGCCCUGGAAACGGCUAGACCCUUUGGAUGACCACGUAAAAUGCCAGUGCCGUCUUCAGUAGGAGACGCAAAAAAUGUUUCCCAAAUUAGUACUUUCGUGCUAAAUACUACAUUGACACUCAAAUAAAGUGCUUAUAUUAUAUAUUUCUUCGACAAGAGGGAGGGUUAAUUCUAAGAAAAUUGCAAGGUAAGGGUAAACAGAAUCCUGUUGAGUGUAUAUCAUUUCUUCGUUCGUCCAUUUUUCUCACGUUUAAUCAAUCGUUCGUAUGUUUGCCUUUUAUAUCAUUCACGGCAGUCAAUCUGGAUGCUGUGGAGAAACGAGAGCCUGGCGGGGUCCUUACUUCUGAUCGCUGCCCCAAGCCCGGCCGUUUUGGCCUCUGUGCUGAGCUUUGCGGUGUAGGUGGUGGAUGCUCAGGAGGAAAAAUAUGCUGCUCUAACGGGUGCGGUCACCAGUGCAUGUCUCGCUGCCCCAAGCCCGGCCCUUUUGGCCUCUGUGCUGAGCUUUGCGGUGUACGUGGUGGAUGCUCAGGAGGAAAAAUAUGCUGCUUUAACGGGUGCGGUCACCAAUGCAUGUCUCCUGGUAAGUACUGA